ACAAUCUCAAGGGUAUACCACACAGACAGGUCCGACAUGGGCUCGAUCAUGCAUGUGGUUGCUUCCAUUGUGCUGCUGUGCACAUUAACAUCAGCGCAAAGAGGAGACUACUCACCAUCACAUGAUUUGUGCAACCCUAAUGAUGGGUUUGGAACAUACUGUCCAACAACAUGUGGAGUCGCUGAUUACUUGCAGAGGUACAAGCCUGAUAUGGACAAAAAGCUGGAUGAUAUGGAACAGGAUUUGGAAGAGAUCGCCAACCUCACCAGAGGAGCUCAAGACAAAGUGGUCUACCUGAAAGAUUCAGAAGCACAAGCACAAAAACAAUCACCAGAUACUUACAUUAAAAAGUCUUCAAAUAUGCUGGAUGAUAUACUACGAUUUGAGAAGAGCAUUCUCGCUCAGGAAGAACAAAUAUAUCAACUGCAGUCAGUCCUUCAAGCUAACGAGAAAAAAAUAACGGAUUUAAAGCAGAUGUCUAUGCAGCUGGACCAAAUGUGCAAAGAGCCCUGCAAAGACACUGUGGAGAUUCAGACAGUCACUGGCAAAGAUUGUCAGGACAUUGCAAACAAAGGUGGUAAGGUCAGCGGGCUGUAUUAUGUGAAACCAGCCAGAGCCCCUGAAGCAUUCCUGGUCUACUGUGAAAUCGACAGCUUUGGACGUGGAUGGACUGUACUUCAGAGGAGGCGGGAUGGCAGCGUUGACUUCAGCAAAAACUGGAUCCAGUAUAAGGAAGGCUUUGGUUACCUCUCACCCGAUGACAGGACUGAGUUCUGGUUGGGAAAUGAGAAGAUACAUCUGCUGUCAGUUCAGUCCAGCGUGCCUUAUGUGCUGAGGAUAGAGAUGGUCGAUUGGGAAGGCAACAAAAAAUAUGCAGACUAUGCCACUUUCAAACUUGGACCAGAAGUUGAUGCUUACCGCUUGACAUACGCUUAUUACUUUGGCGGAGAUGCUGGCGAUGCCUUUGAUGGUUACGACUUUGGUGACGAUCCCAGUGAUAAAUUCUACACGUCUCACAAUGGCAUGCAGUUCAGUACAGUUGACAGAGACAACGACAAGUUCCAGGGACACUGUGCUCAGCAGGAUGGGUCUGGUUGGUGGAUGAACCGCUGCCAUGCUGCUCACCUCAAUGGAAAAUACUAUCAGGGUGGCAAAUACACAGAGAAGGACGCAGAGUCCGGAUAUGACAACGGCAUCAUCUGGGCCACAUGGCACAGUCGCUGGUAUUCUCUGAAGGAAACCACCAUGAAGAUCAUUCCCAUCAACAGAAUUGGUGCCACUGGAGGCCAAGAAAGUGGUUCCAAGCAGUUCGGAGGUAUUGGAGACAUUUAAACAACUUGCCUGAAGAUUGGCCUGUUCUGAGCUAUCAUUCUGUUUUUGUGACACUAAUGUUGAAAUGCAUGGGAUGUGGGCAAGGUAAACGUCUGUCUGAUAUUUCUCAUUUUACACAAAUUAAGUCAGUAAAAGAUUCAUACGCAAGUCCCGAUGGUCAUGUUUUUAAAUUUGAUCAACUCAAUUCAAAUUCAACUGUUCUAGCAUUGCAUCUGUCAAUAAAUAAAGUUCUCUGUCUUUUGUUAA